UUUGCUACCAUUAAAAUCAGACCCUUUUUUGUCUCUCGAUUGCUGUCUCCCGACCAAACUCCGAUGUGUUCCGUUAUCAGCGACCUAAAGCCUGCCAUUCCAGCACCUGUCUUGCUAGGGAUCGGUGGAUAGUAUACGAUUCAGAAAGCAGACAAGGACAUAGGAGGAGAGAGAGCUCUAGAGAGACAGCCAGGGAUAGGCACAGAGAGCUUUGAAGUAAUUGGAUUCAAUGGACGAAAUGCUGCUGUUGACAAGAAUUCUCUUGGUGGGCUUCAUCUGCGCUCUUUUAGUCUCCUCUGGGCUGACUUGUGGACCAGGCAGGGGCAUUGGAAAAAGGAGACACCCCAAAAAGCUGACCCCUUUAGCCUAUAAGCAGUUUAUUCCCAAUGUGGCAGAGAAGACCCUAGGGGCCAGUGGAAGAUAUGAAGGGAAGAUCACAAGAAACUCCGAGAGAUUUAAAGAACUAACCCCAAAUUACAACCCUGACAUUAUUUUUAAGGAUGAAGAGAACACGGGAGCUGACAGACUGAUGACUCAGCGCUGCAAGGACAAGCUGAACGCCCUGGCGAUCUCGGUGAUGAACCAGUGGCCCGGCGUGAAGCUGCGGGUGACCGAGGGCUGGGACGAGGACGGCCACCACUCCGAGGAGUCCCUGCACUACGAGGGCCGCGCCGUGGACAUCACCACCUCGGACCGGGACCGCAGCAAGUACGGCAUGCUGGCCCGCCUGGCCGUCGAGGCCGGCUUCGACUGGGUCUACUACGAGUCCAAGGCGCACAUCCACUGCUCCGUCAAAGCAGAAAACUCGGUGGCGGCCAAAUCGGGGGGUUGCUUCCCCGGCUCGGCCACGGUGCACCUGGAGCAAGGCGGCACCAAGCUGGUGAAGGACCUGAGCCCCGGGGACCGGGUGCUGGUGGCCGACGCGGAGGGCCGGCUGCUCUACAGCGACUUCCUCGCCUUCCUCGACCGGGAAGACGGUUCCCACAAGCUCUUCUACGUCAUCGAGACGCGGCAGCCCCGGGCCCGGCUGUUGCUGACGGCCGCCCACCUCCUCUUCGUGGCCCCCCAACACAACCAGUCGCAGGCGGGGACCCCCAGCAGCCAGGCGCUCUUUGCCAGCCGCGUACGGCCGGGCCAACGGGUCUACGUGUUGGGCGAGGGCGGGCGGCAGCUCCUGCCGGCGGCCGUGCACAGCGUCUCGCUGCGGGAGGAGGCUUCGGGGGCAUACGCCCCGCUCACCGCCCAGGGCACCAUCCUCAUCAACCGGGUGCUGGCCUCCUGCUAUGCCGUCAUCGAGGAGCACAGCUGGGCGCACUGGGCGUUCGCUCCCUUCCGCCUGCUCCAGGGGAUGCUGGCUGCCCUCUGCCCCUCCGGUGAGGGGGUCCCAGCGGGUGCCCCCGCCACCCCUGGCAUCCACUGGUACUCUCGCCUCCUCUACCGCAUCGGCACCUGGGUGCUGGAUAGUGACUCUCUGCACCCACUGGGCAUGGUGGUGCCAUCCAGCUGAGAGCAUCCCGUGCUGCCCCGGCCACCUGCCAGCCUCCGAGGGAGAGACAGAGACACA